CCUUCCCACCCGCGGGCCUUGCUCGGAGCCAGGCGACUCUGCGGGGAGGCGAGGCGACGGCUGUCCGUCUGUGGAGAGUCCUGCUGCCCUCCAGCCUUGCUCCUCCGUCCGUCCUGCAGGGGCCGAGAAAGCUCGGCGCCCUCCCUUUCGCCUUCUUCGUCAGCCGGUGGGAGCGGCGUCGGUCCGCGAAGUCUCUGGGCUGAGUCGGUGGCAGCUCCUCCGGCUUCAUCAUGUCCGCAGGCGGAGACUUCGGGAAUCCGCUGAGGAAAUUUAAGCUGGUGUUCCUGGGGGAGCAGAGCGUUGGAAAGACGUCCUUGAUCACCAGAUUCAUGUAUGACAGUUUUGACAACACCUACCAGGCAACAAUUGGCAUUGACUUUUUGUCAAAAACAAUGUAUUUGGAGGAUCGAACAAUCAGGCUGCAGCUGUGGGAUACUGCGGGUCAGGAACGUUUCCGUAGCCUCAUUCCCAGUUACAUCCGUGAUUCUGCUGCAGCUGUAGUAGUUUACGAUAUAACAAAUGUUAACUCAUUCCAGCAAACUACAAAAUGGAUUGAUGAUGUCAGAACAGAAAGAGGAAGUGAUGUUAUCAUCAUGCUAGUAGGAAAUAAAACAGAUCUUGCUGAUAAGAGGCAAGUGUCAAUUGAGGAAGGAGAGAGAAAAGCCAAAGAGCUGAAUGUUAUGUUUAUUGAAACCAGUGCAAAAGCAGGCUACAAUGUAAAGCAGCUCUUCCGACGCGUAGCAGCAGCUUUGCCUGGAAUGGAAAGCACACAGGACAGAAGCAGAGAAGACAUGAUUGACAUAAAGCUGGAAAAGCCUCAAGAGCAACCAGUCACCGAAGGAGGCUGUUCCUGCUAAUCCCCCAUAGCAUCUUCAGCCCUUCUCCAGAAGCUCACUGCUUUCGCCCCUGUACUCUUUCAUUGACUGCAGUGUGAAUAUUGGCUUGAACCUUUUCCCUUCAAUAAUAACAUAUUGCAAUUCAUCAUUGCUGCCUGUCUCGUGGAGAUGAUCUAUUAGCUUCACAAGCACAAAAAAGUCAGUGUCUUCGUUAUUUAUAUUUUACAAAAAGCCAAAAGAUUCCAGUGAUAACUGAAGAUUAGAUACAUUUUCUUAACAUUUUUUCUUUUUUAAUGUUAUGAUAACAUACUUUAAAAUGAUGGAAGUGUCAGCAGUAUGUGUGGCUUGGUUAAGGAGCAGUAUGUUCACAGCUUUUGCCUACUUAUUUGAUCUCUUAGUACUUCUCUCACUUCUUCCUCAUUUCCUAUUCCUACCCUACCACAAGACAAGCAAGGUUGCAAGUACCAAUAGGCCAAGAUGUCCAAAAUUAUUCUUUUUUUUUCCAAAAUUAUUCUUGAGCACUGAUAUAAAUUACUUAGCCUUCUUUGAGUCAAAACUUAGCUAUCGGCCAGGUAUUUAGCUCAGUGGUUUCGCUGCCUGCUGCGCAAGCGCAAGAACCCGAGUUCGAUCCCCGGUACAAAAAAAACAAAAUUUAGCUAUCGUGGUGGGCAGUGUUUGAAUGAGGAAAGGGUUAUGCUGUAUCUUAAAAAUGAGUCCUCAUGAACAUACUGAGUACUCAAAAGUAGAAUAUAAAAUGUAUUUCUGACCAAAACAACCCUUUCACAUGUGUUUUAUUAGACUCUGGGAGACAAAAGUAACCAGUUAAUUCUUCAUGAUAAAAUCAUAAAGUUCUAAUGAACUGUUUCUCCCAAGAUUUUAAGAUUGUGCAGACAGUUAUUCUGUUUGUUUUUUUUAAUCUUAUUAAGCAAUAGACUUUGCUUAUGUUUUCUUUUUUCUUCUUUUAAAUGCUAUGCAAGGAAGGCCUUGUAAAAGUCAGAUUCUUUAAGAAGAACUAGUGGAAGAAUUUAAGUUUCGCACCACAGUCGAAACUACUAUAGCUUUAAAAAAUGACAAUAUCUAAAGCUUACCAACAAAGAACCUUUGUAAAAUAGCAAAUACUCUUGCUUUGGACAUUUGAGAUCAAUUGAAGAUGGAAAUAAGCCCCUAGAGCAGUGGUGGUGAACUUAUGGUGCGCACACCAUAACAGGCUGUUUGUGUCAUUGAAAACUCUAAAAGGUUUGCCAUCAUUGCAGAGGGAGAUCAGGAAAGCAAGUAUUGAAGAGGAAAAGGAAAGAAUGGGAAUAUAAGUCAAUAUUAUGCAGAUUUAUGCCUUAUUUUUUAGCAUUUUUUAAAUGUGGGUCUUCUAGGCUGGUUUUGCUUUUUAUUAGAUAUAUUUGGUUAAUUAACUAGUGAUUUAGUUUUAUAUUUAAGCUACAAUUAAUCUUGGUUUGGUGAUAUUUAUUUCUUUGCUUUUUGUUAAACCCAAAUUUUAGAUGUUUUGUUGACUCCGUUUAGAACUUCACCCUGGCAAUAUGUAUUUCCCUUAAAACACUGCAAACAAAAAUAUACUAGGAGUGCACCCUUUUAAUCUUAACUAGUUAUUGUGAGAUUGCUGUGUAAGUUAAUAAACACAUUUGUAAAUACAUUGUUUGCAGGGAGAAAAUUUCUCGAGUUAAAGCUCAGAAAAAGCCUGCUGAAUUUAUGUCGUAAGCAUUACUUAACACAGUAUAAAGAUGAAAAGACAACAGAAAUAACUUCAUACUUCUUCAUGUUCUCAUUGCAACAGAACCCUUAACUGGGGAAACCUUACUUCUCUCUCUUCUUCCUCCACUUCUCACUAUUGUCACCUUGUAAUACUCAGAGAGCACUUGGAUUUUGGAUCUGAAGAGAGAAAUGCUUUCAGAUAAUCAUUAGCCCACAUACCUGUAACUUAUACUCAAAGAUGGGAUGGAGUUGUAAAGUGCUUUUAUAAUACAAUAUUACUGUUAAAAGCAAGGAUUGACUCUUUUGUUUUAUUUUGACAUGGCAUGUCCUGAAAUAAAUAUUGAUUCAAUAUG